CCGCGUUCACUCCGCCAAAUCCUCCUCCUCCUCUUCCUCCUCCUCUCCUCCGCCCCAACGACCAGACCAAGUGGUCUCCCUCACAACCUCCUACUCAUACUCGUCUACUCAUAGCUGCGGACAAACAGGCCCAUGGUCCGAUGAGCCGGGGACAAGAUUGCUUUGCGAUGCUCCAUCUAAGCAGUCCCUCAUCCACGUUUAUUUGCCUGUGAUCAGCUCCGAACACGGACCUCGCCAACAACGAACUUUAAGCGAGCUGCCUUUCUUCUCCUUCCCUUCCCCACGACUAGAGCGACCAAGCGAUAAGCUACUGCGAUGCAUAUUAUAAAGCCAGUCUGGCUGACACAUGGGGGCGAGAGAAAGGAUUUUGAAGUAUAUAGCUGCGAUGUAUCUCCCGAUGGAUCUCGCUUGGUCACAGCGGCUGGAGAUGGUUAUGUUCGGAUCUGGUCUACGGAAGCGAUUUGCAAUACAGAGGACCCGCAGCAUGCCAGUAAGCCGAAGCAGCUGGCUUCCAUGAGCAAUCACUCCGGCACGAUUCACACGGUCCGAUUUUCGCCCAACGGGAAAUACUUGGCGUCGGGGGCAGAUGACAAGAUUGUGUGCAUAUACACGCUGGAUGCCAACCCUCCAUCUCAUGCGUCAACGUUCGGGUCCAACGAGGCACCCCCUGUGGAGAAUUGGCGCACCAUCCGAAGAUUGAUCGGCCACGACAACGACGUUCAAGAUCUAGGCUGGUCGUACGAUUCUUCCAUUCUGGUCUCCGUUGGCUUGGAUUCCAAGGUCGUGGUAUGGUCGGGACACACAUUCGAGAAGCUCAAGACCCUGUCUAUCCACCAGAGCCAUGUCAAGGGGAUCACAUUCGACCCCGCAAACAAAUACUUCGCUACGGCGAGCGACGAUCGCACGGUUCGCAUUUUCCGAUUCACGUCGCCUGCUCCUAAUUCCACCGCCCAUGACCAAAUGAACAACUUCAUUCUCGAACAGACCAUUACUGCACCCUUCUCGAAUUCGCCUCUCACCGCAUAUUUCCGUCGUUGCUCGUGGUCGCCCGAUGGUAUGCAUAUUGCGGCCGCGAAUGCGGUCAACGGCCCCGUGAGCUCUGUCGCGAUUAUCAAUCGGGGGACAUGGGACGGUGACAUCAACCUCAUUGGGCACGAAGCGCCUGUCGAAGUGUGCGCUUUUUCUCCGCGACUUUACUCUCCGGAGCCGAUCAACAAGCAAGCCGUGGAUAGCCAAGGUCAUGCGGUGCACAACGCCGUUACCGUCAUUGCUUGCGCAGGAGGGGAUAAGUCCCUUAGUAUCUGGAUCACUAGCAAUCCCAGACCGAUUGUGGUAGCGCAAGAACUAGCUGCCAAGUCGAUAUCUGAUUUGGCCUGGAGUCCGGACGGGAAGUGCCUCUACGCGACUGCGCUCGACGGUACGAUUCUUAUGGUUCGGUUUGAAGACGGCGAUCUCGGAUAUGCAAUGGAAAUGGAAGAGAACGAGAAGUCGCUCACCAAGUUCGGCACUAAUCGCCGAGGCGCGGGUAUUGCAGAGACUACGGAUGGUCUACUGCUGGAGGAGAAGAGCAAGGCUGGAGAAAUCAAGGGCGUCGAAGGUCGCAUGGGGGCUCUGAUGGGCGACGACCACACAACAGCCGAGGCCACGGCCAAUGGAAAACCGGCGCCAGCACAGUCGAAUGGCGUCACCACAACUGCUGCUCCAUCACCCGCUUCAGAUGCCCAAAAGGACCAGCCCAAUGGUACAGCAACGACAACAGCGGCACCGGAGCCGGAGAAGCCUGAUCCUUAUCAGGCCAAACUCGAGAGGUUGAAGCAGCGUCCCACAUAUACGAAGGAUGGAAGAAAGCGGAUAGCUCCUCUCUUAGUGUCUGGAGCUGGCGCUGCCGAAUCAUCCCUCCCCCAGUCUCGAUUAAUGGCAUCAGUCAGCAGUCAAGUCAAGGCUGAUACCCCGCAAUCGAUUCUCGAUCUUUCAAAGCCUUUCGACGGGCUACCCAAGGGCGGGCUCCCAGCGAUGAUUCUCGGAAACAAGCGCAAGCUCGCUCAGCUUGAGGGUGACGAUGAUGGGCAUAUCGAGAAGCGUGUGGCUCUGGCGAGCCAGAACGGGGCGACCCCGAUUCUUGCUCACACGCCUGACGGCCUGCUACCUGCGCAGACCCAGCCCGCACCAGAAGGCCAGCAACAAACGCCAGAAUAUAUACGGCCUGCAGUCACGAAUCCUUGCAUGGCCAUGAGCCAGCUCCGGCUAGCUGUUCCCAAAAUUCGAAGUCACAUCCUACGGGCUAUCGACCCUACAGGCAAACCCACGGAGCCCCCGGGCACAUCCAGCGAGUCUAGCAAAUCACGAGUGGAUGUUAUCUUUGAAGCCCGCAACCCGUCCCCGGCAAGCUUGACUGGACGGGUCGUUGACCGAGAACCCGUUCGCCUCACCUUGUUCCGUGGUGAGCAGCCCUUGUGGCAGGAUUACCUCCCGCGCCCUGUUUUGCUGGUGACAGGUAAUCAGAGCAUGUGGGCUGCAGCCUGCGAGGAGGGGUCUGUGUACAUCUGGACUCCAGCUGGGCGUCGCUUAGUCAGUGCGCUGGUGCUAGAAGCACAACCAGUAAUUCUCGAGUGCAAUGGUCCGUGGAUUCUCUGCAUCACGGCUGUGGGGAUGUGCUACGUCUGGAAUGUGAAGCACCUCUCCUCGCCCCAUCCGCCCAUCUCCCUUCAGCCGGUGCUGGAUGCGGCCAUUCACACCUUGGGUACUCAGCCCACGACUGCUCCCGCAAUCACCAAUGCUCGAAUCAACUCCGAAGGGCGGAUAGUAGUCGCAUUGACGAAUGGUGAGGGGUACUCCUAUUCCCCGUCCAUGUACACAUGGCAGCGGAUCUCAGAGAGCUGGUGGGCCGUCGGCAGUCAGUAUUGGAACACCACAGAUGCUCCUGUGGGCAACCUUCAAGCGGCCGAUGCGCAGCAGGAUAAGGCCGCCAAGGCAGCAGUGUCCGCCGGUAUUGUACCGUUCUUAGAACGCAAUACAACCAACGAGACGUUGCUGCGGGGUCGUGCGUACUUCCUGCAGCGGCUGAUCAAGGUCCUACUUUCACGCGAGGGCUACGAAAGCUUUGAGUCCAGCGUAUCCAUCGCUCACUUGGAGAAUCGCGUGGCUGCCGCGCUCUCUCUGGGGGCCAAGGAUGAAUUCCGUCUUUACCUCUCGAUGUACGCCAAGCGUUUAGGCGCGGAAGGGCUGAAGAUGAAGGUGGAGGAGCUCCUCAAAGGCCUGAUCGGUGGUCUGUUUGAGGAGGAUGACACGGGUAGCGUUCGUCGUUUGCAGGACAAUGAGCAAGAGGAUCGAAAUUGGCGCGAGAGCUCCGAGACGCUCUGUGGCUGGCCACGGGAAGUGUUGCUCAAGGAAGUGAUACUGUCGCUCGGCAAACAUCGGGAUCUCCAGCGGGUGACGGUGCCAUAUGCGAAACUGCUGGGGAUGGUGGACAACGAAUCGGAAGUGGGCGAUGCCAUGGAGACGUAGACUUCUUUCCUUGCAGCAGCUUUCAAACCGAUGAUUGCGUUUGGCGUUCUGUUGGCGUUGCGUAGUCAAAUUCACUCCAUACCGAUCGGGGACGGAUGGAUGUAUGCAUGCAUGGGACUGAGGGAGGGCUUCUUUUUCUUUCAUUUAAGCAUCAUGCGGAUCGCGCUUGCAAUGUUAUGUACUAUAUUGAAGUUGAUAAUCUUGACCAUGGUCGG